AUGGACCACACAAACAAUUCAGAGGGUGCGUUGACGGCUUCCGGAACGAACCCUCGGCGCCGAAGGCCGCCCGUAUCCUGUUUGCUGUGUCGCCAGCGGAAAAUUCGGUGCAACAGAGAGGACCCAUGUAGUAAUUGUGCCCGGGCCAAGAAUGGGAAGUGCGUCUACGAGUCCGCUCAGUCACCUCGACAGCAGCGCAGCGGGCGGAAUGAAGGGCAACCAUCGCAGUCGCAGUCGCAGUCGCAGUCUGGGCCUACCCAAGCAUCUCAACCACCGCAUGAAAGCGUGAUCAAUUUCGGGAAUUCUCCCCCCGAAACCAGACCAACUAUCUCCAGCGGGGUUUCUCAAACGGCACCUAAUGGUUCCACACCCCCAACUCCUGCCACUCACUCGUCUACCUCCGAGAUCGAGAGGUUAAAGACCAAGGUCCGGCAGCUUGAAACACAGCUAGCUCGAUCGGAAAGGGGCUCUUUAGAAUCAUCUGUCCCAACCCCGGUUUCUGAUUACGAAACAUUACAUUCUCAUUUGGCUGGGACAUUUCAGUUCCACAAUGAGAGCUUUCCUUCAAACCAAGGCCUAACAAUUCGACGCAGCUUCCUUCACAAAAAGAGAUGUUUUGGCCAAAGCCACUGGAUAAGUAGCAUGGCGCUGUUUCGUGACAUCGUUGUAUCGAUAGAGCCAUAUCUGAUGGAAGAAGGCUCCAAGGCCCUCCUGGGGUUGCAGAAGUGCAAGCAUCUCGGGCGCAAAAUCAAGGCCCAACGUACUCCCCAGUGGCCUGUACCAAUCACCAAAGAAUUACCGACAAAGGAUAUCUGUGAUAGACUCUUGGACGGCUAUCUUCGAACCUUCGAAACAGUAUACAGAGUACUGCACGUGCCCUCAUUCAAGAAGGACUACGAGGUAUUUUGGAGUUCAGAGGCGCGCCAUGAUCCUCUGUUCUUAGUCCAGUUGAAAUUAGUCCUUGCUAUCGGAUGUGCAACAUAUGACGACCAAAUAUCGCUACGCUCGUCGGCAGUCCACUUCAUUUAUGAAGCUCAAACCUGGCUCUCCGAGCCUGAAACCAAGUCCCGACUUGGAAUACCAUUUCUGCAGGCGCAAAUUCUCCUUCUCGUGGCAAGAGAGUUGUUAGGCGUAGAUGGAGGAAUGAUCUGGGUUGCAGCCGGGACACUUGUCCGAACUGCUGUGUAUAUGGGACUACACAGAGACCCAAUCCAGAUCCCAAAUAUGUCAAGGUUUGCGUCCGAAAUGCAUCGCAGGCUGUGGAACACCGUGCUGGAGAUUUGCCUCCAAUCGAGUAUGGAAUCCGGGGGUGCUCCGCUCAUCUCUCCCGAGGAAUUCGACACGCAGCCACCGGGGAAUUUUGACGACGACGACCUUUCCGUCGAACACUCUUUGCCUCAUCCAGAGACUCAGUUGACAUCUGCAUCAAUGGCGAUUAACCUAAGAAGGACGUUCCCCAUGCGACUCGCAAUAGCCAAUUUUUUGAAUGGUGUUGAUAUCCAGAGCUCAUAUGAAGAAGCCAUCCGGCUCGACGCGAAGCUGAGAGUCGCAUAUAAAGAGAUGCGUCGAACCAUUCAGCUGUAUGGAACAGCAGCUGGCCAAUUCGAAAUAUUGAUGCUCGACUUUCUCAUCCGCCGUUACCUCAUUUCAUUGCACAUUCCCUUUUUCGGGCCGUCAUUUCUGGAAACAACCUAUGCCUUCUCCAGAAGUGUUGUGGUUGACACUGCGACGAAGAUGUUCAACUGCACUCAGAAGACAUCCACUGCCAUAUCAAAUUCAUCCGUGAAUCGAAAUAUGACAUCUCCUCAAACCGACUUUGGGCGAUUGACAAUGUGCGGCGGGUUCUUCCACACAGCGCCUAUGCAUUGCACUUUUCUCAUAGCAGUGGAGUUGCGAAAUCAAAUUCUAGAGGAAGAGGGUUUGGGCCCUGUCUGUCUGAGACCAGACUUAGUGUCUGUGCUCCACGACGCUCAAACCAUGGCCUUAAAAAGUAUUGAGCUUGGGGAAACUAAUAUCAAAGGGUAUCUUUUCAUGGCACUUGUCUCCACUCAGCUCGAUGCUCUGAUGCAAGGGAUAGCGAGAGAGGAGAUCCCGAAGCUGCUUAUCAAGGCAGCUGAGGAUGUCGAGGAGAAAUGCCUGUCAAUUCUCGAGGUUAUGGCGGCGAAGGGCCAGAAAGAAAACCCUGGAGUUUCUACUGAGGCUGUGUCUGGAACCUCGUUUCCCGAUAUGGGCGAUGGUUGGGACUUCAUGGUAAGCCUGAGAUUGAGUAUUGCCUUCUCGCCUAUCGCGCUGACCUGUCCCGAUCAGAUGACCGAUGGGAGUUUCAACUUUGCUGAUAUGGACCUUCCGAGCUGGGUCUUGGGUAGUGCACCAUUCGGCAUACCUUGA